AUGUUGCCUUUACAGCUUAUUACUAUCAUCAUAGCUUUCUUCUUUGGCCUGACUCUUCGCAGACUCUCUAACGCCGCCAUGGAAAAAAAGGCAAACGAAGCUUCCAAGAAGCGCCCCAUUCCUUCCCCUGGUGCUGAAUCUCUUGACUCCAACAAGACUAAGUGCGAGCGUAACGAGGAAAACGACAGCGAGAUCUUCACCAUGGAUGGCUUCUCAACCGACUUAACGUUGAGAGCUCGAUAUGUGGCCGCUAAGCAAGCUUCUUUUGACGAGCCCUUCGAGCUGUCCGAAGGCGAUUUUACUUUGACCCAUGCGAUCAGAGCUCGUGUUGAUGCGAGCCCCCCAACUGCUGAAAGAGAAAUCGUUGCAGGAGCUCCACUCUCUAAUGACACCAUCGCAGACAUACUUAAGAAGGUUAAGCCAGACUGUUACAAAGCCCAGGCGUGGGUCAAGACGCAUGAAGUCAGCAAGGCGGUCAUAGAGCGAGUUAAGACAAAGCCGGAGAAUCGUGACGAGCUCAGAAAGAAGUCAGUACGUCAGUUGCACGGUAGAGCUCGUCAGGCAGAAACCCAGUUCGGAGCACCCAGAUAUCAGGCAACGGCCCCGACUCCGAACUUGCAGGUUCCUGAGGGUCGUACCGUCGAAGAAGAACUGGAGGAUGCGAGGGUGGUGUACAACAGGGUUAGUCUGGCGCACGAUAGACUCCUGAAGACCAUCGCCGACAUCGAGGACUUUAGAAAGACUCUAUCGUAGACCUCUCCUCCAUUUAUUCUUCGCAGCCGGCUGUGGUAUGCUGGCAUUGCUUUCUUUGACCCGGCUAGACCGAGAGUCCCCUAACUUAGUUCGGCAUUCGCAGCGCGACAUGUAACAGACCGGCAGGCAUACAUCAUUGUCUUCUUGCUUGUCUUUCUCCCCUG